UUGAGCACUAUCGAGUGAAGGAAGAGUGAAUUUGAAUGAAAGUGCGUGUAUAAUAAUUUACUGUUUGGCGAGUUAUUUUGUGGUGGUCUGAAUAAUAUUUUAUAAAACGUUUUGCUUCUUUAAUUCGAAAUACUUUAGUUAAAUUACAAUACAAUGGCUGAUGAAGAAUAUGAGGCGGAAGAUGCAGGCGCAGACUACGACGAUAUUGCCGAGGAAGACGAUAAUAUUGAAGAAACUGAAGAACAGGAAGAAGAUGGGUAUAACACACAGUUCUUAGCACCUGGACAAGGAGGUGGUGGAGUUGAGAAACAUAAAAGAAUCACUACACGAUACAUGACUAAAUACGAACGCGCCAGAGUUUUAGGUACUAGAGCAUUACAAAUAGCAAUGUGUGCUCCAGUGAUGGUGGAGUUGGAGGGAGAGACAGAUCCGCUUCAGAUUGCAAUGAAAGAGUUAAAGCAGCGCAAGAUCCCCAUUAUAAUUAGACGAUACCUGCCUGAUCAUUCCUAUGAAGACUGGAGUAUUGAUGAACUCAUUAUCAUAGACCAUUAAAUAAAUUUAUUUUAAGAAACAAGUGAAAUACAGAUAGACUAUCAAAGGCAAUCAAGGGUUGGGUGAAUUUUAGGAGUGUUUUGAACGCCAUCGUAGGCUGUCAUUAGUGUUUAUUAAAUUGUACCAUACACAGUAAUCAAUUUAAUUAUUCUAUUUUAUAAAUAAGUACUGAUACAAUGUAAUUUUUAUGAAUGUUUAAUUUAAAAAAAAUGUGUGACACUAAUGAAACAUUACAUGCCACAUUCAAAGAGUCGUGAAAUUCACCCGGUUACAUUUUAUGAGUAAACUUACAAUGAUCUUAAACUGUGACUAGAUUACUUUGCCCUUUUAUAUUUUUGAUGUAGCUGUUGGUAUUAUCAUUUUGUAUAAAAUAAAAUUUCUCUUUUAAUAAUUAAGUUAAUUAUAAAUUACAAAAUAUUUUUGAUAUACUAAUGAGUAUUUUUUAAUCUACAUUGGAAACUCCCAAGAAUUUAUUUAUAAACAGAGAAAAAGGUAUUAAAAUUGUAUAACAAAAAAGUUGUAAGAAUUAAUUUCAAACGUAGGAAAUAUACUGAGUUUAUUGUCCAAUUAAUGUUUGCCAAAUAUUAUAUAUGAUACUCAUAAUUAAUA